AUGUCGGAGACUGAGCAGCUGUCUGGAGCUAAUGAUAUGUACGACGAUGAGUUGGAUUGUGUGUAUGAAGAAGGUAAAAAUAAGGAAGUGGAUGUGAAAGAAGAGGAAGAAGAUUCAGAGACUGAUUACGAUGCUGUGGGAAAUUUUGAUCAGUCAGCAGGAAAUGCAGUGAUCAAAACUGAAGAGCAGAAUGAAACUACAAUUGAUAUGUUCGAUGAUGAGUUUCAUGCGAUUAUGGAACGGGAUUUUUCUGCCGAAAAGAAUGCCAAUGAAGCGAGUGAAGCAGUGAGGGUCAAUGAAGAACACGAAACGGAUUUGGAUGCCACUGAAAUUGAAGAUGAUGAUUAUUCAGCAGUCAGUGAACCGGAGCCAAACACCGAGCCAGUGGUCAAUUGUAUCUCGAGCAGUGCAUCAGGUGAACAACAGCGGAAUGGUCGUCGAGGUCGAGUUAAAAGCCACAAGUGUCAGCAAUGCGGCAAAAGCUUUCCAUCUCCAUCUGCUCUUAAGCUACACCAAGUGGUGCACACUGGCAUUCGAGCUUACAAGUGCCCAACAUGCUCCAAAUCAUUUGGGCUGAAGGGUAAUCUCACCACACACCAACGAUUUGUUCACACCGACUCUCGACCCUUUCAGUGCUCCAUUUGUGAAAAGACGUUCAAAUGGAAGCUUGGUCUCAAAAAGCAUCUUCACGCUCAGCAUCAGCAGUAG